UGUUAAAUGAUCAAGCCAAACAUGCUUGACAUUGCUGAGAAACCGUGCGGACGUCGAUGCCGCACUCGUCUGUUUCUCAGCCCUCAUUUUUAAUUGUGUGUGUGUGUGUGUGUGUUUUUUUAUUCCUUUCUUUAAAAAAUAAAAAAAUAAGAAAAAAAUCGCGUUCACCGUCCUGCGCCGGAGCACAUCCUGCCCGUCAUCUCGUCUUGUGGCAGAUUUCUGCUGAUGCAGGGAUGUCUGGGAAUGCCAAGGGCUCGCUCGUUGCCCCUUAAUGCAUCUCUCUCCGAACUGCAGCGCAGCAUCUCCUCCUGCGGUUUGCUCAUAUGCCGUUUGCUCUGCUCACCACCGUGCCGCUGCCAAAGCAACCUUGGGGCUUUGCAGGAUAGCAGUUCCCCCUUUUUUCGCUCUUUUAUUUAUUUAUUUAUUUAAAAAAAAAAAAUCCACCACCUCUCGUCUUUAAAUUACACAGCUUUCCUCUUCGACUCGUCUUAUUUUAAGAGCGCAGCUUAGAUGACGUGAACUCUCGGGUGCUAGGCUGGUGCAACUUAAAAGUUUCACACCUUAAACGCCUCUGCUGCUGCUGCUGCUGCUGCUGCUGCUGCUGCUGUUGGAUGAUUCUGCUCGAAGCUGUUCAGGACCUCUCAAGAUCAAACCACGAAGCAGCAGCAGCGACUGCUUCACAUGCACUGGGGAGCUGCAAUGGUCAAGUCAGCGAGAGCCGCAGUGGAGCCGCACUGAGGCAAAGCAGCCAACCGCCCCCCCCACUCGCAACGGGGACGCCUCCAACGAUCUGUGGGGUGUGGGAAGCUGAGGAGUGGAAAAAUUUCUCCCAACCGUGAAUGCCUGGCCAGUCAGACUAACGGACACCCCUCCGUGAUUCCUGCUCCGUCUCUUGCUCCGCUGCGUCCUCCUCCACCUCUUUCCCCCCGAAAAUGACCGUUGUAGCGGGGGACAACAUGGACGAGACCUCAGCCGUCCCGGGACAUCCUCAGGACACCUACCCCCCGGAUCACAAUGACCACGAGUGUUGCGAGAGAGUGGUCAUCAACAUAGCCGGCCUCCGGUUCGAGACACAGUUGAAAACUCUGUCACAGUUUCCAGAGACUUUGCUCGGUAACCCCAAAAAGCGGAUGCGGUACUUUGAUCCCCUGAGAAAUGAGUACUUCUUUGACAGGAACCGGCCCAGCUUCGAUGCAAUCUUGUACUACUACCAGUCAGGGGGCCGGCUAAGACGGCCGGUAAACGUGCCCUUGGAUAUGUUCUCAGAAGAAAUAAAAUUUUAUGAGCUGGGAGUGGACGCGAUGGAGAGGUUUCGUGAGGAUGAGGGUUUCAUCCGAGAGGAAGAGCGUCCGCUGCCUGAAAAGGAGUUCCAGCGUCAGAUCUGGCUUCUUUUUGAGCAUCCAGAAAGCUCAGGCACCGCAAGAGGGAUCGCCAUUGUGUCUGUGAUGGUGAUCCUCAUUUCCAUUGUCAUAUUUUGUUUGGAGACUCUACCACAGCUAAAAGAAGACCCGAUGGGUCGAAUCGAGACAUUCGGGAACAUUACAAUACGCUACAAACCAAAUAUUCUUACUGACCCCUUCUUUGUCAUUGAGACUCUCUGUAUAAUCUGGUUCUCGUUUGAGUUGAUAGUACGCUUCAUGGCAUGCCCCAGCAAACCGGCCUUCUUCAAGAACAUGAUGAACACGAUUGACAUUGUGGCCAUUAUCCCAUAUUUCAUUACACUCGGCACCGAGUUGGCAGAAGACCCAGAAAACGAAGGGGUGGGGGAGCAAGCGACUUCUCUGGCCAUUCUCAGGGUGAUCCGUCUGGUCAGGGUGUUUCGGAUCUUCAAGCUGUCGAGACAUUCCAAGGGACUUCAGAUCCUGGGGCAGACCCUCAAGGCCAGCAUGCGAGAGCUGGGAUUGCUGAUCUUCUUCCUGUUCAUUGGAGUCAUUCUAUUCUCCAGCGCCGUCUACUUCGCCGAAGCCGAGGAGCCGGAUUCUCAAUUCGGCAGCAUCCCGGACGCCUUCUGGUGGGCUGUCGUGUCCAUGACAACUGUGGGUUACGGGGACAUGGUCCCAGUCACUAUCGGGGGCAAGAUUGUCGGAUCUCUGUGCGCGAUCGCUGGAGUCUUAACAAUUGCCCUCCCAGUGCCUGUCAUUGUAUCCAACUUCAACUACUUCUACCACAGAGAGACGGAGGGAGAGGAGCAGGCCCAGCUUCUCAAUGUCAGCAACCCCAACAUCCCGUCCGAAACCAACUCCAGCCGCCGUAGCUCCUCCACCGUCAGCAAGUCAGAGUACAUGGAGAUUGACGGAGACAUCAACAAUAGCAUCGACAACUUUAGGGAGGCGAACCUUAGAACUGGAAAUUGCACUAUCGCCACUCAGAACUGUGUGAACAAAAGCAAGCUGCUCACAGAUGUUUAGGCAUCAGCUAGGAACUCUUGGUCGUUUGUGUCACACGGGGAGCAGACCAUCUGAUAGGAAUGCUUCAUUUAGCUCCCAGAGCGCUCUACUGGCAUUAGGCCUACAACUAUCCUCAGCCGAAAAAAAAAAGAAAAGAAAAAGAUACACAGUUGUUACAGUAUAUACCAAUGUAGAUAGAAUAAUUAAUUUUAUUGAUCCAAUAACUAUAAUGUUAAGAAAACAUUGAUUACUACACAUAUACACAGCUCCUUAGAGGACACAGAGCACACCUUGUCUUGUCAGAUGAUGGUGUGAUAACUAAAAAUCUUAUGCAUGCACUACAGAUAACUGAUCAGCAAGCUGCACAAUGCACCAGAAAUGACUGCAGACAUUCAAGCCUCUAAGCCAGGUGGUUUCCGCCAAGAAGGUAGAUGACCCCCCCACCCCAAACCCUUCGCCUCCCCGCUCCCACAACCCCUUUCCCUCUCCCCCUGCAAAGGAUCUGCUACUCAGCAAAGCACCUUAUAGUAGGAAGACUGCUCUUCUCUCGUGUUUUUGGAUGUAAACAGAUGGUGAACUGCUUGCUUCACGGACAUCUGCAAUGCUGCUGUUCACGCAGCAGCAGCUGCCGUAAUUGUGUUAUCACCAAGUGAUCCGAUGCCAUGCCCUUUAGAUGCAUCACAGCACAACUUGUAAAAGUGAGCUUCAUGCGAGCAUGAUUUUAGAGACUUUCCAUUUGAUACCGGCAUGCAUGAGGCAUAUGUCACAAAGUAGGGGAAAGGAUGUUCUUUUGGAUGUCUGCCUCCAUUUCCCACUUCUCCCUAUGUUGCCAUACAGAGUGCACUGGAUGAGUUCUUUUUCUUUUGAACUGCUAAUCAUUUAGAAGUAUACAAACUGAAUGUUAACUCUUAAGGGAACAGUGCAUAAAUGAGAUCAUAGCAUGAAAAAAAAAGUAACUUGCAUCAUGGCCUAACCACUAAGGUACUUCUGUAUCCUGGUAUAUCUAAUGUACGAUGUAUACAGCAUGAUGUAUACGGCUUGUUGCGGUUCAUGCGUUUCGCAGUUCCCCGUCGUCGGGGAAACUGAAGGAAUCGAAAAAUCUGGGUCUUUCUGAAUUGUGAUCAGAUUUACAGAAAUCCAACUGUUAGGCCGCGGAGUUUCUCAUUUAAAAGUAGACAAAGAAAGUUACUAAGUAAUAUUGGAAAAUGCAUAUAAUCAUUAUAAGCACCAGUUACAGUAUUAGUCAAUAGAGGAGUGCAUGGACGUUCUUGGAGAACAAAAACAGUUUAUAUAUAUUUUCAGUCAUUUCAUUUUUUUCUUUCUUCAACCACAAAGUUUAGUAGAAAAAGAAAACGAGUCCACAGAAAAGAAUCAUGUUUCAUAGACGUAUUCUGAGAUUAGUUUCCAGUGCCUUUUAUCCCUUCCACCAACAGGAUCAGUGAAAGUGCCUCAGUGUGCAAACGGUGUUUGGGUAGAUCCGGUGUAUAUCAGUGUCAAACAUUGCCAGGUGUGAUGUUAGUGAAUGCUAGAGAUGAAGUGAGGUUCACACAGCAGGUGACUGUGGUACGUGCACAACCAAAUGUUCGUGCUGGCAUGCGUUUAAUGAUGCCAUUAAGCAGCAAUGGAUUGUUCUCUGCAUGUUUACCAUAUUCAUUCAGAAAAAAAAAAAGAAAGAGUCUUCAUCCACUCCUGUUUUACUUCUUUGUGCACCGUGCAUCCUUUCAGGGUUUCUACCUCAGCGAGGUCAUUGCAAACUUGCGGAGCUGAAGGCUUCAAUGCAGGGCUUCCAAUACCUAUACCUACACAUGCACAUACACUUAUAAAAAAAAUAUAUAUAUACAGUAUAUAUAGUUAGAUAACAAAAAAUAGAACCUUAAGUGUAAACUGCAGUCAUGCAAUAUUGAAUGUGAGAGUCCCAAAGCAAAGCCUUUUACACAAGCACUUACAUGUAUGGGGAAAGUAGGGUGUUGCAAUCCUGCUUCUUGUUUUUUUUUUUUCCACUAAAAGCUGCGCACAAUCAGCCCGUUUGUUUGUAUGGAGUUCGUAGAGACGGCGCGACUCUCUCUCCACUGACUGUUGUAAGUGUAAGUUAUAUUUGAAACAGUGCCAUGUCAAGUGAAGUGUCGUCACAGGGGAAACAGCUGAGUGCGUUUUGUGUAAAAGAAAAGCUGAGAAGCUGCCAUAUUGCAGCAGCAGUCGUGGGGCAUUGUAAUGCACAGCAAAAAAAUAAAAAAUAAAAAAAUGCAAUCCAUCUCUUUUGCACAACCGCUUCCUUCCAUUGCUGAAAAAGAAAAAAAUUUUUUUUAGAUACUGGUUCUGAUUUGUUCUGUCACAGUGCUGGCUCACAGGAGAACAGCAAGCAGAUUUGGUACAAAAUGUGCUUGAAACUCUGCAGCUACUGUACACCAGUCUGCUCUCCGUACUGGGAGGAGUUCAUCCAUGGAGUAGUAAGAAUCGGUACUGUACUGUAACGCUCCUUCUUCUUAUUUAACACUCUCCCAACAAAGAUCCUUGGGACAAAAAAAAAAAAGAAAAAAAGCUGCACUGCAGUGCUACUCGAAUGUCUUAGCUGUUUCUGCUGGUGCAGUGGCCAUCCUUUGUGGUGCUAGUACAAGACUACCACUGUUGUGUUGUUCCCACAACACAAUCUGAAGCAGAAACGCGACGAAUUACGCUCUAAAUGCCUUUUUUUUUUCUUUUUGGAAGCAGGAAGGUGGCUAGGUGUAGGAAACUGUCGUUUUGUUUGAAACAGAUCUUUGUACUGUACUUUUGAAGAGCGUCCUCCUCAGGCAGAGUGAAAAGUCCUACUUAUUACAAGUUUAAAACAGAAAAAACAAACAGAGGACGUGACUCAAUUUGUCUUUUCUUUGUAGAUUAGGAUGACGUAUAUACGGAAUAACAUAGAAUAUACAAGGAAAUUAUAUCAGCCUCAAAUGCAGCUGCAAAGAAACCGUUUGCUGUCAUCACAUUUUUCACGGGGGGGAACAAAAAGCGCAGCGAUGAAGAAAAUACUGAUGAUCUUUCUAGCAGAGAGGACAUAUACAGAUGGUGCUAUGCAUUCAGUUACCCAAUGAAAAGUGCAUCCUAACGAGCAAUAGGACAACAUAUAACCUGUUCAUGUUAAAGACUGUACCAAUCUGUUACCACAACUUGGUACCGACCGGGACGUUUGUCCUCAGAUGUAGUUACUAUUAUUUUAGUUAGAGAAACACAUACAGGGCUUCAUUGAAGCAAACAAACAAAAAAAAAGAGAAAUAAUUAAAAAGCUGCUAAAUGGCUCAGUCAAACCUGCAAGGAAGAGCCAACAAUGCACUCAGAGAAAAGUUCUUGAGGUCGUUUAUGGUGUGAAAAUAAGAGAAGGUGCCUGAACAUGUGUGUGUUUGAUAAUAUGCUUCUGUAAACAAAUGUAAUCAGAGCUAAAUAUAGCCAAAUUGAACAAAGAAACAAAAGAGAAAGGAAAAAAAAGCUUCUUUGAUGCUAACAAGUUAGAGAAAAGUAACCAACAUGUACUGAAAUUAUGAGAAAAAAGAAGUAAAAUGCGUUAUUUUCCGGGUUUUUUGUUUAUUGUUUUGUGUAUGGUGGCACUGUAACAUGACUGAUUUAGGACAAACAAGCCUUAUAUAUCGGAGAAAAAAAAAGAAUGUGUUCCUCCAGCAAGCCAUGUUAAAUAAAAAUCACUGUACGACGAUCACUUCCUGUACAUCCGAUGAUGCAGACGGUUAUGUAGACACAGCUGAUUUUUGUUAUUCUAGUUUCAAAACGAAGAAACAAACAGGAAAUAAAUGAAAUCAUUCCUGCUGUUCAUGUUAUUUUGACCAAACUUUACUCCUGCUGUAACGUAUCUCUACAAAAACCUACUAAAUGCAAAAACAUAAAAAAAAAAAACCAAGCAAACAAAACAAAAACAAAAAAACUGCAUGGGCGAUGGAAGACUGCAUGAGCUUUACCUUUCAAGCUGCGGAUUAACUACGACACAGUUGCAUCGUUUUUUGGAAAAAGAAACCCUUGCUUUCAUCUGCAACCAAACUCAAUUGUGAAAGCUGUUGUGAUUUCUGAAAAAGCACCUUAGCGCCCGGACGGACGGAGCUUGGCGUCCGAUGUGGGAUUGAUGUGCAGGUCGGUGCUGAAUGUGAGCAAGGACAACAAGGGCUAGUUUCUUAGACUCUUAACAGCUCUUCAAUGUGACACAUUGUCCACUGUUAUCUCAGUCAGACUGUAUUGUGAGUGUGUUAUGUUGGGGGGGGCGGACAUGUGAAACACACAAUCCUCUGUUCAGAUUUCAGGGCAUUCUGGGUUUUAAAAAGUGUUGAUGCUGGACUGCUUUUAUUUAUUUAUUUAUUUAUUUAUUUAUUUAUUUAUUUUUUUUUUUAUUUUUCACCUGCUGUAGAAACACUGAACUGGAUCGAUCUGUUGGGGUGUUGUGUACCUUGCUCCAGGAGUUCCCGUUUGUUCUAAGGAAGUACAAUGGCUAUGAAUCUGUGUUUUCUGUCCCGAUCGCACAUUUACCUGCUCUCGAGGAGCGCAGCGCCGAAGGACUGUCGAAGCAUUCUGCUCCUCUUUCCAUCCACAAAGCAAACCAAACUCUUAACUGUGUUAUUUAAUCCAGCUGUCAUUGUCAUGUUGUGUUUACCAAGGAUUAUGCUGGAAUGUGUUCAGUUUGUCAGAUGAUGACAAAAGGCAUGGUCUGUGAUCUAUGCAAGGGUUUUAUGUUCCUAAGUUCUUAUGUUUCUGUUUCCUAUAUCACCUCUGACUACAUCUUCCAUUAACCUGAAUAAAUUUUUAAGGAUCA